AUGUGUGGAAUCACGGUCUGCGUGGCUUGUUCACAACCUGUGAGAAACGGGCUCAUAAACGGAUUCACAAAUGGCCAUACCAAUGGUCAUACCAACGGCCAUGUUAAUGGGAAUUCAAAAAGCUCAUUAAGAGAGAAAAUGCAAGCUUCCAUUAGCAUGAUCAACCACCGCGGGCCUGACGAGACAGGCAUAUGGAUCAGCGACGACUCCAAAAUUGCUCUGGGCCAUUGCCGUUUAUCUAUCAAUGAUCUCUCUCCCAGCGGUAGACAGCCACUGGCAAGCGAUGAUGGCCAGAUACACGCCGUUGUCAACGGUGAGAUCUACGACUGCGACAGGCUGCGAAAGUUGUGCUCAAAACAACACAACUACACAUUCUCUAGCGAGAGUGACAGCGAACUUGUUCUCGCUCUGUACAAGAUCUACGGGGCACCAAACUUCUUUCAACAUCUCCGUGGAGAGUUCGCCUUUGUGAUUUGUGACGAACGUGGCGGAAAGAGACGCGUGAUUGCUGCCAGAGACAGAUAUGGUAUCAAACCACUGUUUUGGACCAGAUCAGGAGACAAUAUCUUGAUGGCGGCCGAAGCCAAAGCGUUUCUGCCACUUGGAUGGACAGCGAGAUGGGAUGUCAAGGCUAUAGCUACUUCUGGUUGGCAGCUUGAUGACCGGACUCUGUUUCAAGGCGUCAAGAAGCUUCUUCCCGGUCACUGGAUUGAACUCACUGAGGAGGAUGGGAUCCAGAUCCAUCGAUACUGGGAUGCGGAAUAUGAAGAUAAGAGAAAAGUUGAGACAAGAACCAUGGAUGAAAUGGUGCUCGGCGUUCGCGAGCGACUUGUUGAGAGCAUCCGCCUUCGUCUCCGCGCCGACGUCCCUAUUGGGGUCUAUCUUUCAGGUGGCAUCGACUCCUCUGCGGUUGCGGGAAUCGUCACUCAGCUAGCAAAAGAGAACAACGUAAAGAUAGGAAGUCAGGAGUCACCAAGGCUUGCCUGCUUUAGUGUCGGGUUCCCUGGCUCGGGAUUCGACGAGUCCGGCAUCGCAGAGCGCACAGCACAAUUUCUUGGCCUGGAAGUCAUCAAGAAGGAGGUGAAUGAGGACACUCUGGCUCGUGAUUUUUCCGAAACGGCCUAUCACUGCGAACACCACCAUUUCGAUCUCAACUGCGUUGCCAAGUUUGCUCUUUCAACGCUGCCACGCGAGCAUGGCUUCAAGGUUGUUCUCACUGGCGAGGGCGCCGACGAGCAUUUUGCGGGAUACCCCUACUUUCCUGUAGAGUUUCUGCGCGAGGAAGACUACGCCAUGUCAGAAUCCGUACUGGCUAGUAACUCAGAGAUACGGAAGAAACUAUUCGGGUCAGUUGACACGGAUAUGAGGGCAAUCUUCCAAAACUUGGGCGCAGCUGCCGAAGGAGCAACCGAUGACUGCCCAGCUAUGGGUGAAGUCGGAGAGACUACUGUUCCAUGGACCCUGCUGGUCUGGCAUGCAAAGAGGCAGCUCUUCUCGCCAUGGGUGCGAGAUCGAGUUCAAGGGCUCGACUACAGACAAACGGUGAUUGAGUCUUACCCGCAGGACGCGAGGGCUAAGAUGCGUUCGCGCUGGCAUCCUCUGCACUCGGCGCUCUACAUGUGGAAUAGGGCAACACUAUCUAACGUUCUGCUCUCCUGCUUGGGUGAUCGGACAGAAAUGGCACAUAGUAUCGAGGCACGCACUCCGUUUCUUGACCACCAUCUCACUGAGUACGUGAACCGGCUGCCACCAAGCGUCAAGGUUUCACUUUCCAGACAGGUGCUUCAGGAGACAAAUGGCAACGAAGCAGAAACUGGCGGCAGAGAUGACCAAGGCCCGUUGUGGAAGAAGGCGGCUCCCGGAUUGACGUCGUUUUCGGAGAAGUGGAUUCUUAGAGAGGCCGUACGACCGUACAUCACGGAUGAGCUGUAUCAACGCAAGAAGCACCCCUUUUUAGCACCAAUGAAAUGGCCAAGAGAUGGCUCACUACACAAAAUGUUGUCUGAACUACUGACCCGGGAAUCUGUGGAGGCACUGGGCUUCGUCGAUUAUGAGGUGGUGGAGAAGUCGAUGGACCUUGCAUUUGGUGAUGAGGCGGACACUGGAGCCUUCCGGUCUUUGUUGUACGUGGGUGCAUGGGUCACUCUGUCAAAGAAAUUUGGUAUUGAGAGGGUUGACAUGAGCUCCUGGACGCACUGA